AUGCAAGGCUCAGAGAAUGUGGCCUUUCUGGCGCCAACAUUUGUGCAGAAAUUUAGCGCAGCAAGGGUGACAGACAGGAGAGCUGCUGUCUGUCCCAAGGAAGGGGCCCAUGGACUGAGAAUGGGACGUCGCAGCGAAAAGAUUAAGGGCAGAAAAGACGCCCAGAACGCGCAGAGGACAAAGGUUUUCGCACGCAUCGGGAAAAUGAUCACUAUGGCGGCGAAAGCAGGGGGCCCAGAUGUUAUUGCAAACAAAGCACUAGCGGACGCCAUCGACACUGCUAAGGCCGCAAGCUUCCCGAAGGAUACAAUGGAGAAGGCCAUUGCUAGAGCGACGAGUGUCGAUCAGGCGGAUUUCAAGGAGAGCUCAUUCGAAGCGUACGGCCAUGGUGGUACAGGGAUAUACAUUGACGUUCUGACUGACAACACUAACCGAGCUUCUGCUGAUAUUAGAACAGCUCUGAACAAGAGCAAACUAAAAAUUGCUUCGCCGGGUAGCGUGGCUUUCAACUUUGACCGUAAAGGCGUGAUCCAGGUGAUCGCCGGCUCUGUGACUGACGCCGACGAACUGUUGCUUGCGGCUAUCGACGCUGGAGCCGAAGAGUGUGAGUUGGAUGACAACGAUGAUUCUGUGUAUAGAGUAAUCACAGAACCGGCGAACCUAACACCAGCCCGGAAAGCGCUCGAAACGAACGGGUACGCUGUCGACAUUGCCCAACUUGAGAUGGUCCCGAAGGCCCUUGUCACAGUUUCCGAAGAUGACAUGGAGAGAAACCUUCAUGGCGUCGACAUGCUGCAAUCGCUUGAAGAUGUCGACGGUGUGUACAUGAACGCGACCACAGCCUAA